GAUGCGUUACGCAAGUCACCACCCUGUAUACCUAACCUCAAAAGCAAUUGCAGGAUCUAAAAAAAAUGUAUUUUCAUGAACUGGAUGAUGAAAUAGAGAUGCAGGAAAUUGAAGAUUUAGGAUUAAAUCGCCAGAGAUAUAUGGUUAGGGAGAGACAAGAUAAUUUCCAUGGAUGGAAUGAGGAACAAUUUUUCAAUCGCUUUAGAGUGACAAAAAAUACUGCACUUCACAUUAAUGGUCUCAUUGAAGACAAUAUAAGACAUCGCACAGAUAGAAAUCAUGCUGUAUCACCUUUACAACAGUUACUAGUUGCUCUUAGGUUUUAUGCUUGUGGUAGUUUUCAAAUAGUAGCUGGAGAUUUUGGAGGUUUACAUCGAACCACUUCUGGACAAAUUAUAAGAAGAGUGUCAAGGGCUAUUGCGGAAUUAAGCCCAGUGUACAUUAAAAUGCCAGAUACCGUUGAGGAAAUGACAAUAAUCAAGCAAGGUUUCUAUGCUAUCGCAAGGUUUCCUAGAGUUAUUGGUGCCAUUGAUUGCACACACAUAAGAAUCCAAAAUCCAGGUGGUGAACAUGCUGAGAAUUUCAGAAACAGAAAAGGUUUUUUUCUAUCAACGUCCAAGCUGUAUGUGAUGCAAACUAUAAAAUUAGAAAUAUUGUAUGUCGUUGGCCAGGAGCAAGUCAUGACAGCCAUAUAUUUAGGAAUUCAACAAUUCGUAUGAAAUUUGAAAACAAUGAAAUGGAAAAUAGCAUUUUAUUAGGCGACAGCGGUUAUCCUCUCUGUCACUAUUUAAUUACUCCAAUUAAUAAUCCAACAAAUCCCGCAGAGCACUAUUUUAAUGAAUGCCAAAUCGGAACAAGGACAAUAAUUGAAAGAACAUUUGGUAUAUGGAAACGGAAAUUUCCUAUUUUGUCACUGGGACUGCGGAACAAAUUACCUAUGUGUCAAGACAUUAUUGUAGCUAC